GCAAGUUUGCUUAAUCAAUUAUUACCAAUCAUCAAACCCUCCAUUCCACUCUGAAAGUUAACCCACUUCGGAAAAUGAAUCUUUCCCUAGCACUUCUACCAUGUCUUUUUGUUUCAAUAAGCGGCAGAAAUGCGUUAACUUACAUACUAAGACAUAAGCCUUUGAAAAACUACACAGUCCAUCUACUGCCCGAUUCUAAUUCGACUUGGGUGGAAUAUACCUAUUAUUUAACUAGAAAUCAAGCUCUAGUUAAAAAGGAUGAUUUCAUAUCCAAGAAAAAGUUACUAGUUGGAGUGAAUAAUAAAGAUAAUUUCGACUGUAACAAAUCUUUGGAUAAAAAAAACCGGUAUGGAUUAGGAGGAUUCAGUAUGGAUGUUUUAGAGAGUUUAGCCGAUUUUCUAAAUAUCAGUAUUGAAGUGUACGAAGUAAACAGCAACUCAAGUAAAAACAGUACUGAUUUCGAUGUCACUCUUUGUGACCAAAGGAAAAAAGAAUUUGAAUAUUUUCAAGUCGAUAUUGGGAGAUACUCGAUGCUUUACAAAGCCAAAAAACUCCAUUUUAUCCGGGAUAUUUUCAUACUUACAUUCUCUGGAACCUUGUGGUUGGUGUUCUUCGUUUUGCUGGUCGUUCUAGCACUCUGCUUGAGAAUUUCCACACUCCAAUAUGCGAAAAUUGAUAGAAAUAAGGAGCCCUGGUCAUGGGUUGAAAUCACACUGUGGGCUAUAGCGGCAGCUUGUCAGCAAGGUUCAGGAUAUGCACCUGAUGGAUUCGCCAGUAAACUGAUUUUUCUUAUUGGAUAUAUAACGGCGUAUCUUUUAUACACCGGUUUUACAGCUGCAAUAACUUCGGUUCUACUGCAAAGUGAGACAACGCCUGAUUUGAGAAGUGUUUCCCAAUACACUACUUUAGUAUGCCUGAUUAAUUACGAAUGCAUUUCACACAUUCCUUUUGGAAAAUUCAAACAAACACAUUACGUUCCCAGCAUGGAUGUCCUCCUUGAGUAUUUAAACCAGGAGGAUACGAUCCUAAUGGCACCAGAAGUAUAUUUUCAGUAUACAAGAUCAAGAAUCAAUCUUGACGAUCAGUCGGAAACCACCUCAAUUUCACUGAGUAAUUACACUUUCAAAUUGGGAUUUGGCAUCAACCAUCAGGGCGUACUGAAAGUUCCUAUAAAAGAAGGCCUCUUCAGGUUACAAGAAUAUGGUGUUCUGCAGAAUAUAUUCCUCAGGAAUCUUCUACAGUUACCAGUCGGUUCAACAAAAACCGAAUAUGGAUACUCUAGCGCAGCGCUAGAACAUGUAAAAUCCGCUAUAUACAUACUGUUUUAUGGAAUGUGCGCUUCAGUUAUAUUUCUGGCUGCAGAAUCUUGCUAUUCGCUCUACAAGAGUAAGAAGAGAUUCAUUAGCCAGAUACUGUAA